CUCUGUUUCUACGACCACGCCCCGCCCCUUCACCGAGCAUGCCGAAAACAAUCUGGCGAAUCCCGCCACGAUUCAAUUAAUGAGAUGGCAGAUCCAUUGUUAGAUUCAAAUGCCGACAACUCUUCCUGCGCCCUCGAAAGGCGCACUUCGAGCCCUUCGGAAUCUUGCACUCGGCACCUCUUGCACACUUGCUCUCGGCGCCGGUCUGUUGACAGAAGAUCGUCGACGUCGUAUACGUGCAGCCCGAGAGGUACACGACAACGCCAAGAAGCUCAAAUCGUCAAGAAAGUACCAUAAUACGGGCAACACAGUUAUCGAGACGUUCGAAGCCCAGCUUCUGCGGUACCGGGAAGAUGCAUUUUGGCUACCAAGCAACGUGUUGAAGAGCACGCCCCCGAAGGCCACAGCGUCGAAAGAGACGAACAAUGGCGGUGCAGCUCAUAAUCUUUCUCCAUCACAUCCGCCAAUGCCGACGCCCGUGCGCAUUUCAAGAUACGAACCUGGAUCUCGAACGGAUGUUCUACCUCCAAAGCCUUCUUCCUUACCAUUUUUAAAAACUAAGACAUCCCAACAUGCGUUAGGGAACACCCGUCCUGAGCCUCCCAAAGUGCCUAAGCAGGGAUUGCACAAUCGACAAGGAAAACUCGCGACGGAUGUUACAAACCUUCUUCAAGAUCCGGACAGUAUCCACGAAGCUGCAUCUCGAUUCUUUGAAGCUUUUGAGGAAGGGUUGUCAAUUGAUGGGGUUGGUAUUUCACAGCGCCUUUUGGAAGCUGCAAUCCAGCUUGCGAAUGCUUGCGAAGCGCAGUUGAAGUUUGAAAACUCGGAGAAAGUGUUCGAUAUAAUACUCGGCUCGGGAGCACUACACGAGGAACACUUUCAUUUAUUUCACCCAGAAGCAAUCAUUUGUCGCUUGCUUCAUCGUCCAAGCUCGGACCGAAGCUCGUUGGACCAAAACUCGUUGAGAAAGGCGUCCGCUAUCUUCCUCACGAAGUUUAAGGAGAAGCCGAAACCCCUAUCGAAGCGCAUGUUUUCACUUGGGGAAAGGCUUUGUGCAGAGACAUGCCAAUCGGGAAUGUACGACCUCACCCUGGACCUGUACUCCCGCCUACAAUCCUGUCGAGAAAAUGGCACUAUAGAGGCUGUUGCUCCUUUAAUAAUUGCUACCCAUAUGAAAGGGCACCACAAGAAAGUGUUUCAGUACUUUCACAAGUAUUAUCUUCAAACGACGCCAGAUCAGCUUGAAUUUUUCAAUACCGGCGGCCUAGCGAUCGAGUCUAUCUUGAAGACCGGAAGGAUAGACAGAGCAGAAAAGACUUUGAUUGCUGCUUGUGAAAUGGCUGAAAAGAGCAGGAUUUUAACUUCGACGACAUGGUUUCUAAAGGUUCUUGGACACGUAUGGAGAACACAUCGGGACCUUGAACAGACAACGUCAUUAUUUGGACGCCUGGAGCCUUUCCUUCACGUUGCACAACACCCCCAGGCAUUCUACGGGGCAAUGAUCCAAUUCUGUAUCGAGGCAAAUGAUGAGCCUCUGGCUCAAUGUUACUAUGAUACAAUGAGACGAUCAUAUCCUCCCGUACCUGGCGAUGUACGAAUCUACGGGCAUUUUGCCUUUGCGAAGGCAAAGCGCAAUGAUUGGCUUGGUGUGAAGGAUGAUUUCUUGAAGAUGAAGAGAACCAGCCCUGGAAGUGCAUAUAUCAAGGAGUUGGCUUCCUCUUUUCAUCCGAUAUUGCAACUCUACAUUCGGUGUCAUACUAUUAGUGAUACCGAAGAAUUCAUUCGCUAUUUCGUGGACGAAAUAGGCAUCAAGAUAACGAAAAAUCUGACGCGUACCAUGGUUGAGGCCUAUGGAAAGGCAAAAGAGAUCGAUUCUCUGACCAAAUUGAUAGAUUACUCUGCUGCUGCUGGCUGCCCCAUCGACUCGGUAACCUUCAACACGAUUCUUAGGAAAUGUUAUCAAAGCUGGGGCUUUCCGUACUGGGAGAUAUAUCGCCUCUACAGAGCUGUGUGUUCGCUGGAUUCUAUUCAUUCCAGGUUCAUAGACGAAGAGACUGUACCAACCCUCCGCCGACUCGCAAUUCUGGGAUCACCCCCUCAGGAGGAGCUACUCCGAAGACUGAAAGUCCUGAAGAAGUUGGACAGGACGCCUGACGAUGCUCUUGAUAGCAAAGCCAUUUUGCGCACCAUGGCAGUCACAAUGGCCAAAGACAACCCUAUUGCGACACUGAAAAUUUACAAGCGUGCUCAGAAGGACCGGGUUCUUCUCGAUUCAAAACAUCUCCAUCUGGCUGUCAGAGCAUCCUUGCAGCUGCAUCCGAACACCACCGAAGAAACUUUACGCCAUAUUCAGGAUGCGCAAGCAGUUGGGGUAGAUGUCAGCAACGCGAUCGGUAUCAUCAUCAUCCAUCAGAUGACGGCCACAUAUGAAGAAGGCAACGAGGACAGUCGGCUGGUCACUGAGCUAACUCAAAAAACCGUAACCACGUUCGAGAAAGCCGGAUUGAAGGUCUCGCCAAUCGUGGUAACGCAUGCAGUGAGCAUUCUCGAGAAACGGGGCCACAAUCGUCUUUGUGUAGACGUGUGGAAUUCUUUGUCUCAUCGUUUGAAUUUUGAGCCAUCGUCAUUCGACCUCUUUACCCUAACUGUGCUUCUCAAGGCAUACAUUGGACUUCGAGAUCACGUUGGUAUCCAAUGGGUUGUCAAGACGCUGUCAGCCAAUAAGUUAUGUCCUGACCCACGAUUUCGGCUCUACCUCAAAAACGCCCGCCGGGAGACGACCAACCUCCUGAGAUCGGGCGAGUAUUCCGAGAAUAUGCUUCAUUUCUUGGAUGUUCUGGUUGAAGCCAUUGAAGCAACCAGGUUGUUGAGAGAAGAGGCCGCGGAAGAAAGGAGAGGUGUCAUGUUCAAGACGAUCCAGAUCAUUGAGAAGGCAAUCGUUGAAGAAGCAGCGAGGCAAGAACGUGGUUCCUCGGACUCUCCUGAAGCAUUCGAGGAAAGUACUGAAAUUGUACUAGAGACACUCUCGCAGACUUCAUCCAUCGACGCUUUGGAACCGUGGAUAGCGCAAAACGACGGGGGAGGUCAUCAUGAAAUGGAUAUACCGUCGCCUCAAAUUCUCGUUGAAGUCGGUGCAGGGUGAUGUGUAAAUAAAUAGUGGAUACAUAAGGUGAAAAUAUAUUCGGACCCUGUGAAUCUGGCGGGCUCCCCGCCACUUCCUUUUUGAUUUCAUUGACUCCCCUUGGGCUUA